CACCAAGAAAUCUAGAAUCUCUUAAUCUUCGUAAAAGAAAUGAAGGUCUUACUGCCGGUUCCUUAGGAGACAACUGAAAGAGAAAAGUCAGACCCUUUCCUAUGGCUAGUAAACCUGGAAGAAGGCCACAGACCCCGCCGCCGCCGCCGCAGCCGCAGCAGCCCCAGCCAGAGCAGCAGCAGCGGCGAUGGGACAAACUGCUUACCUUCCAGCAUUUCCAGACCACUUCUCUCUCAAAGCACAGCUAUGGUUAUGUCCAAGGCAGCAUGAAAGCACUGAUAGAGAGUGAAUUCAGCAGACUGAGAGGAAUUACAUACCUUGACCAUGCAGGAACAACUCUGUUUCCACAAAGUCAGCUUACAAAGUUUAUGGAUGAUUUAACCAAAAAUAUUUAUGGUAAUCCUCAUAGCCAGCAUAUCAGCAGCAAACUUACUUAUGACACCAUUGAACAUGUGCGGUAUAGGGUCUUAGAACACUUCAAUACCACUUCUGAAGACUACAGCAUCAUUUUUACCUCGGGGAGCACAGCUGCAUUCAAACUGGUAGCAGAGGCCUUCCCAUGGAAACCGGCAAGCUCAGAGGAUGGGGGGAGCAGAUUUUGUUACCUAACGGACAGCCACACAUCCGUGGUGGGCAUCAGGAAGAUAGUUCAGGCAAUGCAAGGGUCAUCAAUUGCUGUGAAACCAGAGGACAUUUUGUUAUCAGAGAAAAGCAAUGGAGCAGUUUAUCAACCAGCCUGCAAGACCCCUCAUCUCUUCUGCUAUCCAGCUCAGAGUAAUUUUUCAGGAACUAGGUACCCCCUUUCUUGGAUAGAAGUGCUGAAGUCUGGACGUCUGAGCCCCAUGACCACUCCAGGGGAAUGGUUUGUGUUGCUCGAUGCAGCUGCCUAUGUCAGCACCUCUUCUUUAGACCUGGCAGCCCACCCAGCGGAUUUUAUCCCCAUUUCAUUUUACAAAAUCUUUGGGUUUCCCACUGGCUUAGGAGCACUGUUGGUAAACAAUCGAGUUGCUCACUUCCUCCGGAAAACUUACUUUGGUGGAGGAACAGCUGCUGCAUACCUUGCUGGAGAAGAUUUCUACGUCCCCAGAAAAUCUGUAUCUGAAAGGUUUGAAGAUGGUACGAUUUCUUUUCUUGACAUUAUAGCAUUGAAACAUGGAUUUGAUGUUCUAGAAAGACUGACAGGUGGAAUGGAAAACAUAAAACAACAUACUUUCGCCUUGGCUCACUACACCUACACGGUGCUGGUUGCUCUCCGAUACCCAAAUGGAGCACCUGUGCUUCAGAUUUACAGUGAUACAGAGUUCAACAGUCCCGAGACCCAGGGUCCAAUCAUUAACUUUAAUGUAUUGGACGACAAUGGAGUUAUCAUUGGUUAUUCCCAGAUAGAAAAAAUGGCCAGCCUUCACAAUAUACACGUUCGGACUGGAUGUUUCUGUAACACAGGGGCGUGCCAGAGGCACCUGAGGAUCAGCAACGAAACCGUCAGAAAGAACCUGCAGGCUGGUCAUAUCUGUGGGGAUGACAUAGAUCUCAUUGAUGGUCACCCUACAGGCUCAGUGAGAAUAUCAUUUGGCUACAUGUCCACUUUUGAAGAUGCACAGACCUUUCUGAAGUUCAUCAUAGCAACCAGGUUAGGUAAGGCAGACAGAAAACUUCCCUUUCAGAUAACUCCUGGGGAAACUGCUGCCAUUUCGGUAGAACCUGUGGGACAAGAUGAAAGGGUCAACGAGCAUGAAACUGGGAAAUUGCCUCAGGAAGAUGUCCUCCUACAGGCUGAGCUGAACAAUUCCUCUGUGACUGUAAAUGCCAUGGAUGUGUGUCCCCCUGAAACUGAGCUAGGCGGUGGCUUAACCUGUACAGGAGCAGUAGAUGGAGGAUUCCCACCACUUAUAAUCAUCAAUGUCUAUAUUUACCCUAUCAAAUCCUGUGCCGCCUUGGAGGUUACCAAAUGGCCGGUUGGAAACCAAGGAUUGUUAUAUGACCGAAACUGGAUGGUUGUGAAUCACAAUGGAAUUUGCCUCAGUCAGAAGCAGGAGCCUCGUCUCUGCUUAAUUAAACCCUUAAUUGACCUGCAGCAAAAGACUAUGGUCAUCACAGCUGAAGGGAUGGAACCUAUAGAUGUGCCUCUAGAUGAAAAUAGUGAAGAGUAUCAGAUUUGUCAGAGCAAAGUCUGUGCAGACAGGGUAAAUAUGUAUGAUUGUGGGGAAAAAAUUUCAGAAUGGUUGUCAAAAUUUUUUGGUCAUCAUUGUCGUUUGAUGAAACAGAGUUCAAAUUUCAAAAGAAGUGCAAAUAAGAAACAUAGAAAAGAUCCACCUCAUGCCACAACAGCAUCCCUUUCUUUGGUAAACGAAGCACAGUAUCUCCUGAUAAACAGAGCUAGUGUUUUGGAGCUUCAUCAGCUGUUAAAUGCAAGUGAUGAAAAUGGAACCAAAGAAUUAUUGCCAAUGAGAGAGCUAAUUCGACGUUUCCGUGCCAACAUAGUUAUCAAUGGAACUAAGGCUUUUGAAGAAGAAAAAUGGGAUGAGAUUUCCAUUGGCUCCCUACAUUUUCUGGUGUUAGGACCAUGUCACAGGUGCCAAAUGAUUUGCAUUGAUCAACAAAAUGGACAAAGAAACCAAGAUGUAUUCCAAACACUUUCUUCUAUUCGAGAAAGAAAGGUUAACUUUGGGGUAUACCUAAUGCAUGAGCCUUCAGACUCAUCUUCCACACAUCUCCUCUCAGUGGGAUCACAGUUGCUUCCUGUGUUAAAAGAUAUAGAAAACAACUCUUCACCAAGCUCUUGAGGAGCAAAUUAACUUCAGGAUGAUAAUAUUCAGGGCAACAUUUACAGGCACAAAUUGAGUCUUUCCUAGAUGAUGCCAUGGUCCUCAUUACAAUUUGCAAAUCACUCACAAAAACAUACUGUCAACUCCGUUCUUCAAGAAGUGCUCUUAAGAAGAAAAUGGACUAUUCUACUCCUACAAAGAAUAGAAGCUUGAGGGGCGUUUCCCCUUUUUCCUUUCCUGAAUGAUACCCCAAUGAUAUCCAGAGUAGAUUUAUGCUGGUAGAGUAGGGGAAUGAGAUGGAGAAGAGAAUUAGGCUAAAGGCAAAUUAGGCCCAAGGCAAAUUCUUUGACUUAUAUUGACCAGAGAUGAACACAACUUAGUUACUCUAGCCUUUCCAUUUUUAAACUAUCUUAUACCUACUAGAUAAAUAUUCCAAAAACUAUUUUCAGCAUGUUACUCCCUCCUCAAGAGCCUACCAUGUCAAUGCAAACACUACUUUUUGGUCUUAAAGACCCUUCAUAACCAGAUUAAAUUUAUUGCCUUUGUAAAUUGAAAUGAAAUAUUCAACAAACAAAAUUACAUUCAAAUCUUGGCAAUAUAGAGCCUUCCCUUCUAAGAUUAUCUUUCAGUUUUCACUUGUCUCACCCUUUUAGAAUGGAAGCUCCUUGAGGGUAGGGACUGUUUUCACCUUUUUGAAAAUAUCUUCAGAGUUAAACAUAGUACCUGGCAUAAAGUAGGCACUUAAUAAAUGUUUAUCCAUUGAUUCUAUUACAAUUAAUAUGGGUAUAUCUGUGUUAGGUAAUUGGCUUGGCCUAUCGAGGCCAGCAGUCAUGGAUUUAAUUAUUAGCCUAUUAGCUUUACGAGGAGGAAAACUGUUCCUUAGUUGUGCAAUAUACUCUUUUCCUUGACCAGCUGUCUCACAAAUAUCUACCCUAAGUUGGUACAAGGAAGACUAAGUGAUGAGGGCUUAUCCUACAAAAAGUGGGUCAGCAGUUUUACACAUUAAGAACAACACAUUUGUAUUUUUCCCCACAUCCAUUACGGACAUUUCAAUAGUCACUUAUUUUCUUACUGUGAUUUUUAAAAGAUCAGAUUUUAAAAUCUUGAUGCAAUGUUACAUUAUAGAAGAUACUGUUUUCCCCAAAAUGUCCAUGUUUGCUUACAAUGCAGGCUUUUUAUUGUUCUUCUCAAGAGGUUUUAGGAUUAAUUUUUUCUUAUCUUGGUCUAUUUCAUAAAAUAGACUCAAAGUAAUAGUUAACAGCACACAACUGUAAUCUCUGUAGCUUAUAAAGUGGUUUUCUCACAGUAAUUCCAUGGGUAGAUAGUGCAAACAUUAUCACUCCCAUUUUACAGAUGAGGAAACUGAGGUGCAGAAAAGUUGAGCCUCACAGUCAUACUGCCAGUAAGUGUUGGAGAUAGGAUUCGAACCCAGGUUUUCUAGCUUGGAUGUCCAGGACUUUUACCCAAAUUUCCUGGUUUAAGAAGACUUCCCAAGCUGUUUUCAGUUCACCAGUUAAUACUUUUGUUAGUAAGAUUUCCUAGGGAGAACUUUAUAACAGGAAAUCCUAGGUAAAUACUACUUAGUACAAAUUAAAUCCAGUGUCAUCUGAAAAACCAAUAUUUCAAUACAUGGAGAGCCAUUUUUCAUAUAUGAUGAGCUGAUUUCUGCCAUUUAAGUCUUUAGUGCUGAGACUCAGCCUGGUUGUUGAUUAAGGAAUGUCAGUGAGGGUAGAUAAUUAGAGUAUACCAAUCAGUAUGAACACACAGUGUUGUUAGAUUAUACAAACAAUUUUUCUAUGUAUAUUAUAAAAGCAAGUGAUCUUAGAUAUUCAAAUUGAUGAGAGAGGGACUGAAACUUGGCCAAUGGCCCAACACCAAGAUUAAGAUGUCAUUUGUUCCUGUAAUUCAGAACAAGGAAAGAACAAUAGCCAUUAGCCCUAAAGUAUGUUACAGAAUCACACCAUCUUACAGCUAAAAAAAAAAACAACACCUAAAAAGCUGCCUAGCUAUAGCUGGAGAAAAAAAUCCUCGUUGCAACAUCCAUAAGGAGUCCUGUAGCUUUGCUUUAAGACUUUUAAUGAGGGGGGACCCACUGCUUCCCAAGUAAGCCAAUUCCAGUUUUUGAGUGCUGUGAUUAUUAAGAAGUUCUUUCUGACAUCAAGACUAAAUUUACUUCUUUGCAAUUCUCACUCAUUCCUUGUAGUUCGUUCCUCUGGUAUCAAGCAGAGCAAGUCAACUCAAUCCCUUGCUCUCACCUUCCCAACUUUGCCCUACUGCUCACUAAUAUUUCUUCCUUUCCUCCAGUCUUUGAUGAAGAGGUGGCCCUUCUCCUUGACAAUGCCAGCCUUAUCUUCACUUACAUCAUGUCUUCUCCAGCAGAUUGUCCCCUCAAUCAUCAUCUUUCUCAUUCUAAAAUUCAAUCUCUCUCUAUCUACUAGCUCCUUUCCUAUUGCAUACAAACACUCUCAGUAUUCCUCCAUCCUUAAUCAACUCUCACUUGAUCUUACCAUUCACUUAAGCUGUCAUAUUGUAUCUCUCCUCUAUUUCUUGACCAAGCCCCUUAAAAAAAUCUCUCUGCAUUGUUUUCGGUCAGUCAUUUUCCUUCAAGUCUGUUUAAAUUCCACCUUCUCCAGAAAUUCUUUCCAAUCCUCUUAAUUCUAGAGUCUUCCCUCUUUUGAUUAUUUCCAACUUAUCCUGUAUUUAAUAUAACUUGUUUGUACAUAGUUAUCUGCAUGUUUUCUCCCUGAUUUGAUUGUUAAUUCCUCAAGAACAGGUAUUGUCUUUUUUCUUUCUUUGCAUCCCCACAGCUUUGCUCAGUUCCUACCACACAGUAGGUGCUUAAUAAAUAUUUACUGGCUGACUCUGCAAGCUCUCUGAAGACAGGGCCUGUCUUUACUUUUUGUUUUUGUAUCUCCAGUGAGUAAUAAAGUGCUUGGCAAAUAGUAAGCACCUAAAAAAUGCUUAUUCAUUCAUUUAGUCAAUCAAUAGUGGUUUGUUGUGUCAGGUACCAUACAAGGCACUGGGAAUACAAAAACAAAAAUUCCAGUCUCUGACAUUAAGGAGCUUAUAUUCUGUUGAGAAGAGACAUCUUAUACAGAUAUAAGGAAGGGUGGGAAUUGAUUGAGUCAAUCAAUUAUCAAAGUCAAUAAAAAUUAAGGUGACCAAUAAAAUACUUUAGCCCUGAUUCCUUUAUCAGGUGAGAUGACCUUUAUUGAAUCAAUCAAAAGCAUUUCUGUUAGGUGAAGAACAGAUCAAAAGGACACAUGUUAGUAUUGGCUGAGCAGAUCCCAUCAGCUCUGUAGAUUUGCUAUAAAAUAGUUCAAAAUGCAAUCAUUCCAGUGUCUGGACAGUGAGUAGUGGAAACAGUGCCUUCCUUUAUAGAGGACAGAAGCUAGAUGAUUGUCUUUCUUUUUAUAAAUUGUAUCCUCAGCACUUAGCACAGUGCAUAGCAUGUCAUAGGUGCUUAAUAAAUGUUUAUUGGAGUGAAUUAAAACAGCCCUAGCCAAGUCCCUGAGAAGGAACCAUUUCAGUGGGAAGAGAGGAAGAGGAGAAUAUCUUUGCCUCCUCCCUACCCUCUUGACCAGAAGACAAUCUUGUGAAUUUCACUGACAACCUAGAAGUGUUUUUUGGAACAACAGUGAUGAACAGCAGUGUCUGCAUUUGGAGUCCAGGACAAACUAGAUGCCAAGGAAAAAAACUUCAAUAUUCUUAAAGGACUCAAGCAGAAAAGCUCCACUAUGUCUAAAUCAUGAGGGAAUCACGAAGGGGAGAAAGGAACUUUUACUAAAAUGAUUUGCCAGAGCUGUGAGUUACCUCUUUGUCAGUGGGCUCACUAAGUUUGAGGCUAUUCUCCCUAGAGAGUGAGGUGAUCUUAAAAAAAGUAAGUUCUUGGUUUCACACAUUUUUGUAGUUGGGGUUAAUUUAUGUAUUCUCAACAAACCAAAUAAAAUGGGCAUUUCAACAUUCAUAAAUAACAGAGGAAGAAGAUUGUAUAUGAAACCUCAGAUCUCUAUCAUGUGCAGCUUACUUUUCCUUUAAUAUACAUUUUAAUAAUUAAUAAUUAAGUAAAUUUAAUAUAAUAAAUUCAAUGUGCAACUGUCAAAACUA